UGUAUUAAGUACCACUUCUAUAUUUUAUCACAUCACAACCGCGAGGCUACGUUGCUAAUUCGUGUCGUUUUCAAUACUAAAAACAUUAUAAUCAGAGUUUUAACUCAUCUGCAAAGCAAAAAAUGUUCAGUAUAUAUAUUCGUAGUGCAAUCCAGCGUAGGUGAAUAACGCGCGUGGUGUACCUGAAGAUAAACGUGGUAGGAGUGUGGUGGUCGGUGGCGAUUUGUUAUCAAACAGCUCGCCAGAGCAAGGGCUGGCGGAGGGGCGGCUGGCGAUGGCGGAAGCGGCGCCCGGAUCCAUCGUGAAGGAGGGCUGGCUGCUGAAGCGCGGCGAGCACAUUCGCAACUGGCGUGACCGUUACUUCAUCCUUUUUGACAAUGGCGACCUGGUUGGCUUCAAAGCAAAGCCGGAACGCAACUAUCGCGAUCCGCUUAAUAAGUUUACUGUCCGCGAUUGCCAGAUAAUGGCAGUAGACAAACCGCGCCCGUAUGUCUUCACUAUUCGAGGUCUCCAGUGGACCACAGUCAUCGAAAGAAACUUCGCCGUUGCCACAGAGGAAGAACGGGAGGAGUGGGUGGCCGCUAUCCGGUUCGUGUCGUCGCAGCUGAGCGGCGGCGCGGGCGCGCCGGGCGCGGCGGCGCUCGCUGCGCCCGCGCCCGGCGCGCUCGACACGGACGACCAGGACAUCGCGCAGCUCGGGACCAGCUUCCGCGACCCGCGCCGUAUUACCCUGGAAAAGUUUGAGUUCGUAAAGGUCCUCGGCAAGGGCACUUUUGGCAAGGUGGUGCUCAGUCGAGAGAAGGGCACGGGUAAGCUGUACGCCAUGAAGAUUCUCAAGAAGAACCUGAUCAUACAGAAGGACGAGGUUGCGCACACCAUCACCGAGAACCACGUGCUCAAAAAGACAAAGCAUCCUUUCCUCACGGCUCUGCGCUACUCGUUCCAGACGGCGGACCGCGUGUGCUUCGUGAUGGAGUACGCCAACGGCGGGGAGCUGUUCUUCCACCUGUCCCGCGUGCGCUCCUUCACGGAGGAGCGCACGCGCUUCUACGGCGCGGAGAUCGUGUCCGCGCUGGGCUACCUGCACUCCGAGGGCAUCAUCUACCGCGACCUCAAGCUCGAGAACCUGCUGCUCGACAAGGACGGCCACAUCAAGAUCGCGGACUUCGGGCUCUGCAAGGUGAACAUAACGUACGGGCGCACCACCAAGACGUUCUGCGGCACGCCCGAGUACCUGGCGCCCGAGGUGCUCGAGGACACGGACUACGGGCCGGCCGUGGACUGGUGGGGCACGGGCGUGGUGCUGUACGAGAUGGUGUGCGGGCGCCUGCCCUUCUACAACCGCGACCACGACGUGCUGUUCUCGCUCAUCCUGGAGGAGGAGGUGCGCUUCCCGCGCGCGCUGUCGGCGCCGUGCCGCGCGCUGCUGGCGGCGCUGCUGUGCAAGGAGCCCGCGCGCCGCCUGGGCGCCGGGCCCGACGACGCGCACGAGAUCCAGACGCACCCCUUCUUCGCCGCCAUCAACUGGGCCGACCUGGUGGCCAAGAAGAUCCCGCCGCCCUUCAAGCCGCAGGUGGACUCCGACACCGACACGCGCUACUUCGACUCCGAGUUCACCGGCGAGUCCGUCGAGCUCACGCCGCCCGACGGCGACUCGGGCCUCGCGCGCAUUCAGGAGGAGCAGUUCCCGCAAUUCUCGUACCAGGACAUCUGCUCGUCGGCGCACUCGGCGUUGUCGCACCUGUCGCAGCACUCCGCCGUGGCCGACCGACGCCACUAGCGCCGACUCGCCGACACCUGCAGACUCGCCGACACUCGCCGCCGCCACUCGCCGAGCGCGGUGGGACGCUCGACGGCCGACAUUACGUUUCUAUAGUUAAACAUUCGCUCGACGACUUCCCUCAGCAACUCGUCGUUCGAGGAAGGAAGUCUGCGAGCGAGUGUCCCGCGAACUUCGAAGUUCCGACGCACUAGCCGACUGUACCGGAGCCAGCAUUUACUAUCCGUGUGUUCAUUUACGCAGUUUUAACGACUUUAGUUUUGAAUGCGUUCGCGAAGUGAUAUUUAUAAUGUAAGGUGAAAUGAAGUAUGAUUAUAGUCGAGUGAUCACGCCCGCGAACCCGUACGCGACCCUCGCUCGUCGCGUCUGUACAUAUAAGAGGGGAGCGUAACGCGUCGUGGAAUUAAUUUAGCCGAUUAUAGAUUUAGCGGGUAAUUUUAAUUAUUUUUUUGUAAAUAGAAAACGAAAUAUCUCCGCGCAUGCUUCGAACUAUAUGUAACGUUCAUCUGAACCGAAACUGUCCGUUUUCGCUCCCGACCAUAUGAAUAAUUUUAUUUUCGGUGAGAAAGCAUACAAGUAACUAACUGAUUGAAAUGUUUAACUCACGCCAGACGGCGCGGCGGGCGGCUCGCUCGACUCGCCUCCGCCCGCGGUGCUCCCCGCGUAUAUUAUAUUUUCUUUUGUAUAUAUUAAAGUUAGGAUUUAAA